AUGGCGUACUUACAUGCUGCGAGCGAAGGCCUCAGCGCUAACGCUUCAACAAACACCGUUCAUCUAUGCGGGAUGAUCUACAUCAUGCCGUCAUCCUUGAGUGCCUUGCUGUUCCUGGCUUUAGCGCUCCUGUAUCCGGGCACAGUGCAGCGAAGGCGCACUUUUGGCGCACUGGGUCCAGAGCCUGCAUCUCCUCGCGUACCGGAAAUCAGACAUGGCGAAGAGGCGCUUAGCACGCGAGAACGUGCCUACGCUUCGAUUCGGGCUUACAAAUCGUGCCCAGGCUCCUCGGAUGCGUAUGAUCUUCGUCUGCAGCACCAUCGCUUCCUGAAGAGAUGCUCCAAGUGUAUCAACCGACCCCAUACAGCCCUUGCAAUAGCAUGCCGCUACCCACGGAGCAAAUCGCCACCCAAUUCGACCAUUCCUACUCCUAUUGUGAAUGUUCACUACGUACUACCGAUUGUGCUUUCGUUCCCAAACGAACUCCUCCCGGCGGCGCCAACGACCGCGGUAGUACCGGAGAUUCGAGAAGAGUGGGGUCAUUAG